AUGGUCGGAGAGGAAAUGCCUGGUGAACACCACAAGAGCGAGAAUCUAGCGGAUAGCGCUUGGUCAAAGAACGUGACCGCCAUAUACAACAUGUUGAAAUGCUUCAAUAUGGAGACGGCUCACCAAAUCCUCCUCGAUAAGGCGGACGACGAUUUUUAUUGCAAUGGACCGUUGCGUCCCUUCAGCGAGAAGGAUUUUGAGUGCCUUCGUGAUGCAGCAGCCGUCGCGCAGGUCUUGUUGAAGGAUCACCGCACUAUUGAGUCGGUUAUAUCUCAGAUAGAACUGACUGAAUUCGAUGAUUAA